AUGACAAGUGAUGUCAGGCAGAAAAGAAAAAACAUGUGUCUCCCUGAGGUGGCUUCAAGCAGUGAUGCUCGCACCCCACUAGCUCAGAAAAGUGUUCGUCGUAGCCUGAGACGUGCUAACAGUGAAGGUUUUUGUGAAGUCCGAAUUGACAAAGAGCCCUCCAAGAGAUGCAAGAAUUGGCUCGUUCAGAUUGAUGAGGCUACUGGGCAGUCUGGCCCGCUCUCUAUUUCAGUUCUGCAAGGUUGGGGGGUGAAGUGCGGUGUGGAUCCUAGCGAUCUCACCGAGGAUGCGCUGCUACAGGCGCCUUCUCUGCAGGUUCCAAAUGAAGAAAAUGAAUGA